AUGAGUGCCAGGGCGCCGAAAGAGCUGAGGCUGGCACUGCCGCCUUGUCUCCUCAACCGGACCUUUGCUUCCCACAACGCCAGUGGAGGCAGCAACGCAGGUGUCCGCACCUCGGGCGCAGGUGGUGGCACCUGCAUCACGCAGGUGGGACAGCAGCUCUUCCAGUCUUUCUCGUCCACGCUGGUGCUGAUUGUCCUGGUCACUCUCAUCUUCUGCCUCAUCGUGCUGUCCCUCUCCACUUUCCACAUCCACAAGCGUAGGAUGAAGAAGCGGAAGAUGCAGAGGGCUCAGGAGGAAUACGAGAGAGAUCACUGCAGCGGCAGCCACGGUGGUGGUGGUGGUGGUGGUGGUGGUGGUGGUGGGCUGCCCCGGGCAGGUGUUCAAGCCCCAACCCAUGGAAAAGAAACCCGGCUGGAGAGACAGCCCCGGGACUCCGCCUUCAGCACCCCCUCCAACGCCACCUCUUCCUCCUCUUCCUCCCCUGGUCUCCUGGGCCAGGGCCCCUGUGCGCCUCUGCCUCCACCGCCAGCCCCCAGUCCACACGGAGCACACGCAGCUUCCUCCUGCUCGGACACUGCUGGCGAGGGCCUUUUGCAAACGGUGGUACUGUCCUGAUUGUGUAGCCCUCUCCUGACCCCUUUCCUCGUUUCCAGCAUCUUUGCCAUCCUGGCUUUUGUUCCUCCUUUCUUCCUUUUCCGUUUCCCUCCAGUUCCUCUUUCCUCUGCCCUCGUCCCCCACCUGCCCACCCUUUUACUGUUUCUCCUCCGCCGAGGCACUGUGCGGUAUUUGUAAAUAUUGGGCGAGGAAAGUCUCAGAGGAAGAAA